AUGUCUUUCGUCAACCCCGACAACCUCAUCGCUGUCGCCCUUGUCAUCAACCGGUCGCGCGACGGUCCAGCCUUUGUUUUCCACUACCCGCCCGCCGUCCUGCCUGUCAGCGCUGAUGCCGGCCAAUCUUUUGAUACCGCUGACUCCGAGGACGUGCUACUUGAGCGGCUCUCGCGGCCGCUGUUUCGCGACGCCGAGGACCGCUCCUCCUCUAAGCACGGUCACGCCCGCAGCAAGAACUGGCACAGCUACGACGAGCAUACCAUGUCCGACUCAGGCACCCAGACCGUCCCCUGGGAGAGCGUCGCGGGCUUUCCCACGCGGGAUCUCGCUAGCAUUCUGACGCCUGCGCGGCCCUACCACAAGAAGCUAUUUCAACUCUCUCUCGAUCCGCUCCUCUGCGUCUCCUAUCCCAUCCACGUCCCCGAGAGUGGCAAGUGGAAAAGGGUCAAGAAGAGCAAGGCGGGCCGCGCAUCAUCAGCUGUCGAUGACGAUGCCCAAGUAGCGUGGCGAGCGCCGUUGAUUGCCGUAUCUGCGCCCUGUGCGCCCUCUGCGCCUGCGGACUCGGAUGCGGCGGUUGAAAAAGAAAAAGAGAAGGACAAGGAAAAAAAAGAGGAAGAGGAAGAGAAGAGGAGCUCCAUGACCAUGUUCAACCUGGUCUUUAUCCUGCGUCCUAGAAAGGAACAAACAAGGGAACUCGUCGAGGCUCUUUACUCGAAUAUAGCAAAAAAGGUCAACAAGGCCUUCAAAUACAGUCAGCAGCACAGUGACUUUGUAUGGAAAGAAUCUAAGAAGAUUCUGGCCAGCAAAGAUCGCGCACGCGAAGACAAAAAACGGAUGAAUCAUCUCUGGAAAGAGCUCCUGCAACAGUCGUCGCUGGCCGCCUCGGUGCACGACAUCUAUGAGGCGAUUUCGCAGAAUCGCAUCGCCACGCUGCACCUCGACACAGCCGCAGGCUUGCUAAGUCCAUCUGUACAGAUCCCUGCGCCCUUUUACGUGGCCGAUCUGCCGCCUGACGAGGCUCGGCGCCCGCGUGGGCUAUGGCUUACGACCGCCAACGCCUUCCUCACCCAGGACUUCCUCGAGGAGCCGGGCUUCCUCGACCGCAACUUCGGUCUGCUGCUCAUGGAGGACGAGAAGAAGAUUGUCGCCGAGCUACAGGCUGACGGUGACCCGAACGCGCUGCCAAUGGUGGAGUUCGUGCGCAUCUCCAAGCCAACUAUGAGCUUCUAUCAAGUCGGUCAAAGUAACAUCCUCAGUCUCUCGCAAGUCCGCAAGUUCGCGCAGCACUUUAUCUUCUGGCGGCGCGCCAUUGCUAUCCCACCACUGCACGCGCGCGACACGUAUAUAGUCUCGCCAAACUGCGACCUGGCGCGGCUGCCCGAAGCGGCUGUCGAGUGGCAGCGCGCCUUCCCGCUUGCGCCGCCGCUCGCUAACUUGCUGUCCGACAUGUCUGUGUGCCCGCGGCCGUACAAAACGUUUUGCCCCAGCAAGGUACACCGCCCGCUGUACCUGCGCAUGCUGGCGUGGCUGAUGCGCGGCGGCUGGGUCACGCAGCUGUGCACCUUUGCUUACGUCGUCGUCUGGCCCGAGAUUAUUUACCAGGUCGAAUACGAAAUGGAGGCUGAUGAGCUCGAGGGCCCCACGCCUUCGGCCUCGCCGCGUUCUGCAGGCGCCGAGUCCUCCGUCUCCCCCAUGUCGGCCGCUACCGUGCUUUCUCGCCCGCACAAUCCGCUAUCUCGCGCCGCCGCCACCGAUGAUGACAGCGCCGCAAUCGCCACCGUCCCCUCACCAAUAAGCAGCAGCUUAGCCUUAUCAGCCUCGCUCUCCGAGUCGACGAAAAUCCGUCAGGCCAGCAUCACCAGCACGGCCACCGUUUCCGAUUCAACUAUCGCCGCUGGCAGCUCACUCCCCUCGACGCCUGGUGCCGUUUCUAUCCCGAGCACGACGGAGCGCGCUGCUGAAGCCGCGCGCCUUGAGCGCAUCGCGCAGCGCGUGUCCCGCGAGGCCGCCGACAAGGCUGCUGCCCACGCCCGCAAGGCCAUCCCCGAGGCCACGCCGCACCCGUCCACCAAUCGCAGUCUGCACCUCGCCGGUAUCGCGCCUCACAUCAUCCUCGACGCAAAAAAGGCGACAGGACGCGAGUCGCGAUACCUUGCCGCCAUUGUGUCGCGGCUGCGUGAUGACCGUGUGCGCCAGGCUUGGAGCACCAUGUGUCGGUACUUUGAUGGCCACUCCGCCCUCGAGAGGGUCGCAUUGCAGGAGGAGAUGAAGCGUAAGGAGGCUUGGAUGCUCCUCACUGCCAUGAGCGAGUAUUUAGUCUGCACGAGACAUUGGUAG